AUGAAAGCGUUACCGAUAACAUUCUGUUUUUUCUUGUUUUUCAUUUUGACAAACACCACGUUUAGUGUUUGUAUUGGCAUUUGCAGAGAAAAUGAGCAACAAGCGUUGGAGAGUCUAAAGAAAGAAGUAUAUGAUCCCUCAAAUUUUCUCUCCUCUUGGAUUGUUGGAAAAGACUGUUGUGAAUGGGAAGGAGUUGUGUGCCACAAUCUGACUCGUCAUGUGAUUGAGCUACAGAUAGGCAAUGAUGUGUACGGACCAAAUCUUGUAAAGAUCAAUAACCUUGAGUGGCUGCCAAGUCUUUUAAAUCUUGAGUAUCUGGGGAUUUAUAGUGUGGAUCUCAGCAAUGCAACUAACUGGCUACAGGUCAUUAACAUGCUUCCUUCUCUUGUUGAUCUUCAUUUAUAUAGAUGUAGACUUCAUUAUAUACCACCUUUACUUCAUCAUAAUUUUUCUUCACUUGAAACACUCGACCUUUCUCGGAACAACUUUAGUUCUUCUAUUCCCAAAUGGGUUUUCAAUCUCCCUAGUCUUGUUUCUCUUGAUUUGAGUCAUAGUAAUUUAAUUGGCCCUUUUCCCGAAGGUCCCGUUAACUUUACUUCUCUCACGGUCUUCAGGGCAAGUGGCAACUCUUUCAAUUGUCUUUUACCCAGAUGGUUGUUUGAUCUUAAUAAUCUUGAAUAUCUUGAGCUUGGUUCUAGUGGUAUUGAAGGUGCGAUACCAAGUGAGGCUAGAAACAUAACAAAACUUAAAAAUCUUGAUCUUUCAUCCAACAACCUCAACUCCACUAUCCCGAAUUGGUUAUAUCGAUGCAAAGAUUUGGAAUCACUUAGGCUUUACAGAAACAAUAUUGAGGGAAUAGUUUCAAAUGCGAUUUCAAAUUUGAGCUCAAUAAAGAGUAUUGACCUUUCUAAAAAUAUGUUUUCUGGAAAAUUACCAAAUGUAAUUGGAAAGUUAUCGAAACUACGUUCGUUUAGUCUCUCUGAAAAUCUAUUCGAAGGAGAAGUAUUUGAAUUGUUCAACAGUAGGAGUAAUUUCCUUCCAGCAGGAUUGAGAAAUAGUUCUUCUUUGGCGGAAUUGAUACUAAAAAAUAAUAAACUGACUGGAACACUCCCAGAAAGUCUUAGCCAACUCCCAGUGCUAGAAAUCAUUGACAUCUCUAACAAUAGGUUGGAAGGUGUUGUAACAGAAAGUCAUUUCACCAAUUGGACACAAUUAAGGCACUUCUUUGCAUCUAACAAUAAUCUGACUUUAAAAGUGAGUCAGAAGUGGAUUCCACCUUUCCAAGCCAUUCGUAUUCAAAUAGGCGGCUGGAAUAUAGGUCCUCUGUUUCCCAUGUGGCUCCAGACUCAAAAGAAUAUAGAGCGUGUGGACAUAUCAAAUGGUGGAAUACAAGGUGAGGUUCCAACUUGGUUUUGGAACUUAUCUUCUCAAAUUGAGUAUCUCGAUCUUUCUCAUAACCGAUUUUUUGGUGUGGUUCCAACCAUCUCAACACCUUAUAUUUUGUUAAUGUUAUUGGGUUCCAACAAUUUCAGUGGUCCACUACCUCAGGUUUCACCCCAUCUAUUUGAGCUAGACCUCUCGAACAAUUCCUUUUCAGGAGGUUUAUCUCACUUCUUGUGCGAAACAAAUAAGAACGGAUCCUACAUGUUGGAGAUCUUAAACCUUGAGGGAAAUGAUUUGUCAGGAGAAAUUCCUGAUUGUUGGAUGAACUGGUUAAUGUUAAGCGUUUUAAACUUGGGGGACAAUAACUUGAUUGGAGGCAUACCGAGAUCCAUGGAGGUUUUAAGUAAUUUGAAUUCUUUGGACUUCCGAAGAAAUAGACUUACUGGUCCAUUACCUUCAUCAUUGGCAAAAUGUAGAGGGUUGCUGAAACUUGAUUUAGCUGAGAACGAAUUCGUAGGACAAGUACCACCAUGGUUAGGAAUGAAGUUUUCAGAUUUGAUAAUCCUUAGCCUUAGCUCAAACAAAUUCUAUGGUGAAUUGCCUCCAGAAAUUUGUCACCUCAAAGAUCUUCAAAUCUUAGACCUUGCAAACAAUAGUUUCUUUGGAACUAUACCAAGGUGUAUUAGCAAUUUAACAGCAAUGGUCGCCGGAGAUAAGUUGGGGGAAGCUGAUAUUGAGUAUGUUUCUUUUGAUUUUGGAGAAAUUGUGAGAGAAAGCGCAAUGGUGACAACUAAAGGCAAUAACUACCAGUAUGAUAAAACAUUGGCAUUUGUUUCAAGCAUGGAUAUGUCUAGCAAUAAUCUCUCUGGAGAUAUUCCUAUAAGUUUUACCAGUCUUGUAAGAUUGAGAUUCUGUAAUUUCUCAAAAAACCAUCUAACAGGUACGAUCCCAAAUGGCAUUGGCGACAUGAAAGUGCUCGAAUCCCUUGAUCUUUCAAAAAAUCAACUUUCUGGCCAAAUCCCGCAAAGCAUUUCGAGUUUGUCAACUUUGAGCUUCCUGAAUAUGUCUUAUAACAAUUUGUCGGGAAAGAUACCUGUGGGCACUCAACUUCAAAGCUUUAAUUCCUCGAGUUUCCAGGGAAAUGAGCUUUGCGGGCUUCCACUCUUGGCGAACUGCAGUUCAGGUGGUCAAAAUCCUGAUGUUGAUACUGAAAAAGAUGAUAGUGAUGAAGAUGAACUUGAUUGGUUCUACAUUGCAAUGUCAAUAGGAUUUGGUCUUAGCUUUUGGGGAGUAUGUUCUUGUUUGCUUUUUAAGAGAUCAUGGAGAUAUGCCUAUUAUCGUUUUUUAGAUAGUUGUUGGGAAUUCUUGUGUGUAAAGAUACAAAUAUGGGGAUGGAUAUGA